AUGGGGUCGUUGGAGGCUGAGCACAGGCACAGGGAACAUCUACCGGCACUGGGAUUCCUUGGUAAAGACGGACCCAGCUACGCCCUCAGACACCCCGCCGUUGCAACCGUCCCUACCUCCUCCCCGACUCCACUUUUGAGCCCGACUGCCAUGUACCCAGGACAACCCCUACCUCAUUCCUACUCAACAUCGACCGGUUCGGUUCCUUUGCAGGCUGGAUAUAUAUCGCCUCCGGAUUCGCGGCGUGCGCUUGAGGAGGAAAAGGAGAAACAGCAACCGCAGCCCCAAAGGCAAUCGCUUCCGUCAAUUCACGAAGCGCUGGGGAAUGAUAACCAUUUACCGUAUCCUGCGCCCACUUCGGCUCCUCCACAACAAGCUCACCAUGCGCCCCCUUCACAUUCCCUUUCUUCCAACCUUGUUGGACGACCCGGUACCGAGGGCCCGCCCGGACCUCCCAACCCUUUUAUGAAUUCUGCAUCCACUGGUCCUUUCAUGCGAGAGCCUGCAUUUUCCCACCAGCCUCAACUGCAGGCGGAAGCGUCAAGAUCGAGCCUAACGUCAAUCAACACCCAAGAUUCGAGAAACGCAUCGCUGCAGUCGCUUAGUUCGGGGAAGUCGCCUACCCAAAGCGCGAAGACAGGUAUCACUUCGAUUUCAGGCUCCCAGACUGGUUCCGGUUAUGAGUACAGCGCGCCUCCUUCAGCUGGCAGUGUGGCUUCGCCCAACGGUUACGGUGCAUUCUCACAGCCAUAUCCGUUUCAGUCACAACCCCCACCAAGUGCGCCAGCGUAUCCUUCUGCUUCAUACGACACUCGACCGUACGUGGGGGCGCCAUGGAAACCUGGUGCUCCAGAAGCCACUCGCGUGGACGAAGUGAAAGGUCUUGCGGCCCGGCCUGCUGUUGCGGGGCAGCCCCAGGCCGAGUCUGUCAAACGACACUUGGAUAUUUACGAUGUGGAGACGUCACUUAACGAGAUUGCCGAAAUGAGCACUCGAACCUUGGACUUUUCAAGGCACUACGCGAACAAGGCGCACCACACCCAGCGUUCUGGCCCCAUGUUAAACUCUCUGCCCUCCAUACAUGAGGUCGAGGAGAUGCUCAACCUACAGCGCCGGAAUCAUGACGCGUUGAUUCGUAUACGAACUGCCGUCCUGAACCAGGAACACGCGUUGGCAGAGCAAAUGGCGCAGAGAAAGGCUUUCAAGGCCGGUGGAGUGCAUGAUGAUGUCCACAUGGCAAUGUAUCCGGAAGAAUACAAGGGAAACGGCGGGUUUGCCGGUGCGGAUUCGAAAAAGCGACGAGGGAAAGCUGCCCCUCCCGGCCGUUGCCACAGCUGCAACCGAGCCGAAACACCGGAAUGGCGCCGUGGCCCGGAUGGUGCCCGGACCCUGUGUAAUGCUUGUGGCUUGCAUUAUGCGAAAUUAACGCGCAAGAUGGGCGCGAACAAGGCUUCUUCUCUGGGCUCGACCCUGAAACCGAAGACUGCUCUCGACUCCGCAUCACCAAAUAGCCAUUAA